AUGGUCAAUUAUGGCGUUGGGCAGAUGUGGGAGCACAAAAAAUCAGUAUUCGCAAGAAAACGUUAUCAGGGCGUCUCGAAUGUUAGUCAAGAUCAGAAUGAUGACCAAGUGGAGCUUCUCGAUGCACCCAGUUUUCGAUCGUCAUCUUCCGCAUUUUCGCCCUCCUCCUUAAACUCCUCGUCGAAAUUACCCCGUCAAUCAACCGUCGCCGGCAGAUCCUCCAUUCAGACGCGACCAUCCAAGGAAGAUGUCACAUUCAAAGCAAUAGGUGGCGGUUCCGACGGCGGCCAAGAGGAACAAUCCCCACACCGCAAAGGAGAUCAAGAAGAUGCGGAGGACCCCUCCGCCCCAACCACCACCAUAAAGCGAAAGUCUCAAUGGAUAGACGGAGUUUACAUAUGUGCCAAGGCUGGGACAACAGUCUUCCUCCUGAACCUAAUUUUCAUCGCCGUCGCAGCGGGACUUGCGAGUCGAUUCCCAGAGAAUAGCCGGUUCGGGAGCACCGCAGUCUUUUAUAAGGGUAGUUGCGCGGUGACCAGGAGGUGGAACACCGCCUUGCAUUUGAUUAUCAAUGUCCUUAGCACGUGUAUUCUUGCUGCCAGCAAUUAUUGUAUGCAGACUCUUGUUGCCCCCACACGAGAGGAGAUUGAUGCUCAUCAUGCGAGCUGGAAAUGGCUUGAUAUUGGGAGUGCGAGCGUUAGGAAUCUUUUGGCUAUUAAGAAGUCGAAACUGGGGCUGUGGGUUGUUUUGCUGCUUACUGCUACACCUUUCCAUUUGAUGUAUAACUCUAUGGUCUUUGAAUCCUUAUCAACGAAUGAGUUUGGCGUUGUCGUCGGUCCUCGUGAUCUCAUCUCGUCAAAUAUUCACGACUUGACAACUCCAGCUUUGGAGAAGUGUUUCUCCUGUCCUGCGCGGGCCUGGGCGACUCAAGAUCUCACGUACCAAAUGUCCUGGUCCGCAUUUGUCAACGAAAUUGCAAACGAGAACUACGACCGCAUUUCUCUUUCGGACUGCUCGGUCAAGGCCAAGACAACCGCGACCGGAGUCCGAGGAAUCGUCGCCCUUGCAUCAAAUCUGACCGUCAGCUUAGGAGGCGAUUCCGCCAUACUUAUGACUAAUCCGGUUUAUCCCCAGUAUUACUUCUAUGAUGAUGUAUAUUCAGGCGACUCCAGCCUUGAUAUGGUGUCGGUGAACACUUAUGCCAACCAGUCUGUCCACAAGGGCUUGAAUGCCGACUGUAUGCCAUCUGAUGCUGCAACAGACCGUUACUACAAUCCACUCAAUAAAACGGGUGGCGACAAUUUCUAUCACCCGCAGUCCAUAGUUAUUGAGGAGUGUCUUGUUAUCAGGGCCGAGGAGCAUUGCCAACUGCUAUAUAGUCCGCCCAUCUGUCUGACCAUCAUGCUUUCCGCGUUUGCGAAAAUUGCGGCCAUGUUUCUUGCGGCACAUAUUGGUCGUUCGCGUGAGCCGCCUCUACUUACUGUUGGUGAUGCCGUGGCUUCUUUCAUGGAAAAUCCCGAUCCUACGACUAAGGGUCUUUGUUGGAUGUCGGGAGCUGAUAUAAGAAGAGGGGAUUGGGCUAAGGUUAACAAGGCUGGCUUUCAGGCUGUUCUGCAGAAUGAGCAGCGUGAUUCUAUCACCUACAGACUCCUCAAAAAGAGAGCUCUCUGGGGUAGAGCAGCGAGUUGGUGGCGAUGGCUUGCAACUCUUUUCAUGUGCUUUGCUUGCAUAAUUGUCGGACUUUUCCUGUUGAGAAAGGCACUUGGUGGUCACUGGUCCAUCGGCAGCCAAUUGAUAGAUACGAACACAUUCAAGGGCUGGUUCAGCUCAGAUAUCACAGAAGCCACUGCCAAUUUUAAAGCCCUCGACGGUGUUCCCAAUAGCAUGCUGCCUUCCGUUGUCAUCGCCAACACACCACAGCUGGCAGUCACCAUCAGCUACUACUGCUACAACGCCGUUCUAACCAGCAUGCUAGCCGCGAGCGAAUACAGCUCGUAUGGUGCCACCUCCAAGGCGCUGCGUGUCACUUGGCCCGUUAAGGGUAGCCAGCAACGUUCAACUUACUGGCUCAGUAUACCAUACAAAUACGGUGUGCCAAUCCUGGUGCUCUACAUGGUAUUGCACUGGCUCAUCUCGCAGAGCCUUUACUACCUUCUUUUGGUCACAUACAACGCGGCGAAUGAACCUCAAAGCACCGUCAGCUCCCUCGGUUAUUCCGUCGGACCGAUCUUUCUGUCCAUACUGGUCGGCUCCAUCAUGGUUCUUGUUCUUAUUGUGCUAGCGUUCCGGAAGUUCAGAUCCAUAAUUCCUGUCACUGGGUCCACGAGUGUUGCUAUUAGUGCGGCAUGUCAUCCUCCCAGGGGCGAGGUUGGAGAAACGGCUGUUCUAGGCCCGGUGCAAUGGGGAGAGACUACAUUGUUACCUCUCUGGGCGACGGAGAGUUCCGAUGGUACAAAUGACGGGCAAAAGGGUCAUUGCAGCUUUACCUCAUUGGAAGUUAGUAAGCCUACUUUGAUGAAACUGUACACUUAA